AUGUCGACCAACCUAGGCAAUUUUACUAAUGAUACAAAAGAAAUUAUUUUCGAGUGGGCAAAAAUUGUUCAAGAGAAGUAUAAUUCCGAGAAUUAUUUCAGGGAUAUUCUACUCAUCAUUGAGUGGGAUGAAGCAGGACUUCGACAAAGAAACAUCCCGAAAGCUGCAAUACUGAGUCUUAUUCGUGGAGUUUCAGAUUGUUCUCCUUUUCCAGCCAAUGUUCAACCUCCAUCGAAUUUUAUUUUUUCUGUUGUCGAUACUCCUGAUCAUCAAGCACAUCAGACAAUUAAUAAUAUUUUAUCUAGGUUGCAAGUAGCACUUUCACAAAGUAAUAAGGCUUCUUUGGGAAGAGUGUAUCUUGUAAUGGCUGGAAAAAAUAAUUCAUUCAGAAUUUCUGAAGUACUUAACAUUUAA